AAACAUGCAGCUAGUGGCCCUCAGAAUGCUGCAGCUCGUCCUAAAACCUGCAGGAGACGAUGGGGUCAAACUCUGAUAAAGGCUGUGGACAGCUGGGAUGAUUUGGAUGACACUGAGUUUGUGAUGUCAUGUUCCAAGAAGCCAAGCAUUGCACACUUAAAAGAAAAGAAAACCAAAGAAUGUCUUUUUAGUUUCCCAGAACCAAAAGCUUCAUGCUGUAUCCAGCCAGGAGUGGAAAAUAAGGCUCUGAUGAGAAAUGAUUCAGGAAGAUCAAAUCCAUCAGCAAAGCAGUACUAUCUGAGACAGUCAAGAUACCUCCCUGGUGUAAACCCCAAGAGUGUCUCUCUAGCAGCAGUCAAUAAAGAAGGAUCACAUGGAACCUGGAACAACCAGUUGUUCUCUAAACCCCUAGCUCAGAGUGGAGGAGGAGUGACUUUCAACAGAAAUACUACAGAUGAGAACUUAAUUAUACCUAUUGAAAAGCUCUCAUGCAAAGAAAGGUUGAAUGAAAAAUUAGAGGAUCCAAAAGGAAACCCUGGCUUUCUCAGUGGUGCUGCUUACAACCCCCCAGGACUCUACAUCCCUUCCUUCCAUAAAAAAGAAGCUGGAUCAGCUGGACAACGGGUACAGCUGGCUCCUCUUGGUGCACCUGUCUCAGAUUAUUCCUGGAAGACCAAAGCUGCUCGUGCUCAGUUACCAGGCCCUGCUUUCAGUUCAGCAGCAAAAAACAUCAACACGUUUACCCGCCCACCAGCAAUUCAGCCAGUCCAUGGAAGAACAGACUGGGUGGCCAAAUAUGGGGGAAACAGAUAA